AGAACAGCAGUCGAGGCGUGGGUGAGUGAACAUCAUGGGACAUGCUCUCUGCGAAUGAACUACAGCAGUCUGGAGCUUCAUCCCUUCAUCCCAGAGCGCGCACACGUCUGCUGCUGAACCUCACUGGACAAUACAACAACACUGACGCUGAGAAUACAAAGUCUUGUUUUAAAGUUUAGAACAAUGAGAGUGAAUUUUUCAGCUAGUUGGAUAUUUCAAGGAUGGAUCACACACUUUGUUCUUGCUCUGUGCACGCAGGCAGGACAGGCCAUAAGCUGCCAACAAAAUGAAUAUGAGCACAACGGGGGAUGCUGCAGAAAAUGUGAACCAGGAAAAUACGUUUUCGCCCAUUGCGAGGGCAGCUCGCUACCAAAGUGCCUUGAUUGUGGGCGUGAAGAAUAUCAGCCGGACUGGAACAGUGACACUAAAUGCAUUCCUCAGAAGUUCUGCGAUGAGGGUAAAGGAUUUAACCGCACUCGUCCACGCAACCCUACUGCGGCUGAACCGUGUCGGUGCAAGCAGGGUUUCCACUGCUCUCUGAUCAACUGCGAAUACUGUGAGGCGAUUAAAAAAUGUCCUCCCGGAGAAGGAGUCGUAAUGGGCGCGUCGGGCAGAGCUACCUGUGUGUCUUGUCAAAAUGGCUAUUUCUCAGAUUCCACAUCAAUAGAAGCCUGCAAGAAAUGGACAGAUUGUAAAGCUGUCGGCAAGACAGAGAAACAGGCAGGAAGCCUUAAGACAGAUGCGGUGUGUGGAGUCCCUUCUCCUGGUAUGACACCCUGGGUGGUGGUGGCAAUCCUGUCGGUCAUCAUCGUGGUAUCCCUGGUUGUUCUCUUCUUGUUUUGCUGCAAGGAUAAGCUGAACUUCCUCUCAGUAAAUCUACGCACCUGUGUCCAAAACCUGAAAGGAAGCAGGAAUCAACAGGAAACUGUGACUUCAUACCAUGGUGGCAGCACUCCACAAACCCUCCCUCUGAUUUGCCAAGAACGAACCCCCCCAGAGUCCCUAAUCACAUGUCCCAGCACCCAGUUAACUAUUCUUGACGAAACAUCGACUUGCACGGACCAAGAACAGGACCAGGACCGAGCCGAAACAUCAUCAGGCAGCUCCAGUGAAGACUCCGGAGGUGGGUCCGCGUCUCCUCUAUCGGGCAGCUCUUGCAGCUGUGUGCUUUCCAUGAAGGAGCCCAUAGAGGUCGGAGAAAAUGAGGACUGCAGUCAGCUAGUGGCCACGGGUUUGGCAACAUGCUCCUCUUGCAGGACAGGAGACGCCAUUGGAGCAAACGUGCAGGUAGUUGGCCUGAAAGAGCCUUUGCUGUGUGACAGCUGCACGUCAGACGUCCUGCCCGCCUGCGAUUACGUGGAUCUGCAGCGCUCCCAGGAACUCUAUCUGGACUACAGCAGCCCUGCUGGCAAAGAAGCCAUGUCAGAGAUGAGAGGUGUUAACGGGGACCGGGGUCCGGUUGAAGGGCUGUAUAGACAGAACGAACCUUGUUGCUGCAGCAUAGACUCCACCACCGUUCCACCUCUGCCAUCGGUCAGCGCCAAUGACCAGGGCCUUUCGCUGAUCCACAGCGAUGACCACAAACUGUCCGACCCCGACGUGGACUUCCAGAACCAGUGCUCGGAAUCUGCUCUCACGUCUGGUCAGGUGACAGGAAACAACAACACUACUUUUAUCUCCAGCGGGCAGGUGAUGAACUUCAGCGGUGAGGUCAUCGUGGUGUACGUCAGUCAAACAUCACUGGGAAGCAGCGGAGGAACAGACGAACCCUUCAGCUGCCCGGUUCAAGAAGAAUCCAACGAUGACAGUUUUCAAAGCGAGCCCAAAUCUAACAUAACCACAACACGGCAGGCCAAGAGCAGGAACGGACACCUGGAAAAACACUUGCCCGUGCAGGAAAUGACCAACGACUGGUCCUGGCAAAAAUAAAGAACUGCGAACGUUUCCUACUAGACUGGAAUUGACUUUGCAUCCUUGUAAAAUGAUGAUUAUUAAUUAAUAAUGGGCGUACGACAGCCCGUAUAGCAACCAGAGUGCUAUUUCAUGAAAAAUGCUAUGCAUUUGUUGACCUAUGUAUUUAUAUCAUAAAAAAAUUAGGUACUUCUUGUCAGUUUUAAGGUCUGCUUUGAGAGGAUCUCACUCUAAUGAUCGGAUGGACAGUAAAAGAACAUUGAACUCAGAAUGUCUUAUUUUCUAUGUUGACGAGCCAAAGAAAGAGACUUGGUGCGACAAGAAGCCAAACUCAGGCCAAAGAUGAUGAAAACCCAGCCAGAUAAAGCACAAACACAUCCACCACAACAAAAGCACGAUGUUUUGCGUUGUCCCUUUCUCUUGGCCUUUUGAAAUCGAGCAUCGUACCUCAUGGUGAGAACCGUUUUUGGAUGUUUGUUAAAAGUUAGUAAAUAAGUAAGUAGCUUGGAAAUGAGAAACGGGGGUGUUGAUUUUGUGGUGUCUUUAUUUUUAAAAAAACAUAAUUUGUAAAUGUUAAUCAUGUUUUGGUUAUUUAUCGAGCCGUUUUUGUGCCGACGAGUCAGCCUGACUGGAGCAGAACACGUGAGGUAAUCACGAACAUUACUUAACAAGCAUUAAAUGUAUAUACUGAUUGAAAAUCAAUGUUCUGAUACAUGAGUAGUGAUUUUCUCCACCCAUUACUGUAAAUAAAGCUUGUUUGUAUGAAACAAUUCCUUUCCCUUAAAUGAGUGUGAUGGUAUGGGAACGGUAUUUGGUUUAGCGAUAAGCAGUGUUUAUUGCUUGUGCAUCACUAACCGCAUGUGCGGUAAAACCUCUGUAUUCGAGCAAAACCAAUGUUGACUUAAAGCCUUUAUAAACAGCGGUGAAUGGCUACCAGCUGUCGCAAGCUCAAUGCAAACAUAUACUCAGGAGCGCAGUGUUUAGCCGCAUGAGGUGAGAAUUCCACCGAAGGCUGCUGGAUGUUUAGCCGUGAUUGAAAUAAUCACGAGUCUGGGAUGGCAACAGAAACAAACACUGAGACGCGUUGUUGAGUUCUGUCUGCCAAAACAGGAAGUU